CACACACACACACAACAUCUCUUAAAUGUGGCUGAACAUCAGAGCUCUCAUCCUGGAUUGUUUGAUCAGCUGUUGAUUAUUCAGUAUCCUCCGCCGUCUCAUGUUUGUUAUAUGUUCCUCUUCCUCUAUUCGAUUACCUUUGCGAUGGAUUUAUGCAUAACAGGUGUUGUUUGAGCCCCGUGAGCACACCGAGAGCAUGAUGCUUCAAUAUCUGUGUUUCCUCCCGAUUUGAUGAACAGUGAAACAAAGAGACCGGGGGCAGUUUUUCUUGUUUUUAUCGUGAGAAGAAGAACAGAGCCUGAAAGGAAGAGGGGGGAAAAAAAUGAGGAAAUAAAAGGAAGGCAGAGAUUUCCACCGUGUCGCCCGACACGCCACCCCGACAUCCACGCCGUGGCGAGGCUGUGGACAAAGAAGAGGGAUGACUCUGCCGUGUAGUAAAGAACCCCGCGGCCUCUCUUUGUAAAGACGAGAGAGCCACAGCAGACAGAAACAAGUAGGAGGAUCCUUGCUGUUCACAAGGGCCCCAGAAUCAGGCUGCUUCUUCUGAUAGAAUGGCUAACCAGACCUUUGCCAUCGAUGGCCCGGGCAGUUUGCUGGCGGUGCUGGCCUCCCAGAGUGGAAUGGCGCGAGGCGGCAGCAGCAGCAGCGAUGGCAGCAGCAGCAGUGGCGGGAUCUCCGCCACCGACGUGUCCGCCUACUUUAAGCUGGUCUUCUUGGGCCUGAUCAUCUGCAUCAGCCUCGUGGGCAACCUCCUGGUCUCCAUGCUGGUGCUGCGAGACAGGACACUUCACAAGGCCCCCUAUUUCUUUCUCCUGGACCUGUGCCUGGCCGAUGCGGUGCGCUCCGCCGCCUGUUUCCCCUUCGUGCUGGUCUCCGUCCACAACAGCUCGGCCUGGACUUACAGUGCCUUGAGUUGCAAGGUGGUGGCUUUCAUGGCCGUGCUGUUUUGCUUUCACGCUGCCUUCAUGCUGUUCUGCGUGGCCGUCACCCGCUACCUUGCCAUUGCCCACCACCGUUUCUACGCCAAACGCAUGACCAUCUGGACCUGUGCCGCAAUCAUUUGCAUGGUGUGGACUCUGGCCGUCGCGAUGGCGUUCCCGCCCGUCUUUGAUGUGGGGACUUAUAAGUUCAUCCGUGAUGAAGACCAGUGCAUUUUCGAACACCGCUACCUGAAGACCAACGACACCCUGGGGUUUAUGCUCAUGCUGGCCGUGGUGGUCCUGGCCACCCACGGCUUCUACGCCAAGCUGCUGUUGUUUGAGUACAGGCACCGCAAGAUGAAACCGGUCCAGCUGGUGCCAGCCAUCAGCCAGAACUGGACCUUCCACGGUCCUGGGGCCACGGGUCAAGCUGCAGCCAACUGGAUUGCGGGGUUCGGUCGUGGCCCCAUGCCACCCACCCUGUUGGGAAUCAGGCAGAAUUUACACAAUCAGCACCGGCGGCUGCUGGGGAUGGAGGAGGUGAGGUCAGAGAGGAGGCUGGGCAGGAUGUUCUACACCAUCACCCUGCUCUUCCUGGUCCUCUGGGCGCCCUACAUCGUUGCCUGCUUCUGGAGGGUCUUUGUCAAGUCCUGCACCAUCCCUCAUAGGUACCUCUCCAUCACGGUGUGGAUGAGCUUCGCCCAGGCCGGAGUCAACCCCAUCUUCUGCCUCCUGCUUAACGAGGACCUGAGGAAAGUGCUCAGAGCUCACCUGCCCACUUACUGGAGGACUAAACAACACCUCCCGCAGGACGAGGCCUACUGCAUCAUGUGAGACCAAGAAAUGAGGUUGAUGAGGAGAAUGUUUCAGUUUCGAAGGGGGAAAUUUACAGAAGGCAUGUAAUGCACUGGGUCAAAAUGUCAGUGUCUCUUUUGUCCUUUUGCACAGCAAAAUCACCUUUUUGCUAACAAAUGCAGGCACAGUGCCAAUGUAUGAAGAAUGUGGAUUUCUGAACAGACGCGCGACUUGCAGAGGUUCAGGCAGGCCUAUAGGAAAGCCCUGGUGACACUUGGACGGCUUGCGUUUCUGAUGUUGUAAAGUACGAUCCAUAGAUUGGAAGCAAUCACCGAUCAAGUUAAGUGCGACAGAUGCCAUUUUAAAAAUAACGUUGCCUUAUUUUUCGAUGUGGACACGCCCCUGAGCUUUCAACCGAGCACUAGUUUGUGUCAAAUAAGGCGCUAAACAGAUGCAAACCGCUGAAGAAAUGUGCCGUGGACUGUGAAUAGAGGGUGCUGAUCUGAGUGUUACAAACUCUGAAACACAUCAAAGAACUCGAAGGGUCUGAAUGGAACGAUAGAACACCUCGGACUCUUUUUCAUGUAAUUCAAAGGAGACUGCAGAAUAUUAGGCGGACCCAAUAACCUUUGAAACAUUUAAAUAGCUGUUGUGAACCCAGAAGCCCCUAACAUGCUUGAUUUCUUUGGACUUGAUUUAGGGCGUGUCAGGUCUUUGUAUCAUAAAAAAAUAAAUGCCUGUUUUGCUUUAUUUGUAAACAAUACAUGUUAAGCAGAUGACACUAUUUUGAAAUAUGACUUGAUUUCAUAUUGUAUAGACUGUACAGGAAUGUUCAUUCCUGCUUGUGUGUUUUUAUAUAGCAUUUGUGUGUAUGUGUGCGCGGCAGGAGAAGUAGAAAUACGGGAGGGGAGGAAGGCAGAAAGAGAUUGACAGAAGUAAUGAUGAUAGGACGGGGAUCCGGUAAUACUAAGUCAAUAUAAAAGCAGCCUCAUUUUGUGGUCUCAAAAUCAUGCAAAAUUGAGCAAUCAUCAUAUGGAAAUUGAGCCUUUAAAUGGAUUUCUGCAGCUGGAAAUGUGGUGCGAUUUAUUUCUUUUUUUCUUUAAUGUGUAUGCGCAACUAAAUGUGAAAUACGGAUGGAUAAAGAAAUGAUAAUGUAUCAGUUGUAUAUUGCAAACAGGCCGUAGGAUUUAAUAACUUGAACGAUGAUGUGUGUCUUUUACAUCGUCUGAACAAAGUCAUGGGCAAAUGUACAUUUGCGAAUGGCGGUUUUAGGAAUGUACUUAAGUGCUGAACUGUCACUGUAUGAUCUCUCCAGCAUUCAGCAAAAAGAGGAAAAGAAGUGACCCUUAAUGUCAAAUGAAACAUAAAUGUCAUAAUUGAGUGUCUGAAUCACAGUAGGCUUUAAAACAAAUUAACUUCAGGCUAGUAGUUGAAAAACUGGCUUAGACUACACUGAAUUGUCUCUCCUAAGAUUCAUGUAAUGCAAAUGUCUGACAUAUGGCGCAUUAAGCAUAUAUAUAUAUAUAUGCAAAUGCAGUCAAUUUGUGGACACUUGCACUGCAUCAUACUGUACUAGCAUGCAUUCCACUGCAUUUCAUAGAUUCAAGACUGGGUAUUACAAUUUGUACAGAUGUUGAUAUGGAAAGAUGAAGCGAACAGUGAACAGAGGUUCAUCAUUUUUACGUCUGGCAUUCCUUCACAAGAUGAUAUUCUGUAACUGUACAGUUUACCUGAGGUGGUUCUUUUGCCCACUCAUCAAUAAAGACUCUACUUUUGA